GACAGCGCCUCGCGGCGCGGUGCCCGGCGCGGAGGCGGCGCUGAGGGCCGGCGGUGCCGGGGCGCUCCGCGGCGGAACCCCGCGCCGCGUUCCGUCCGGCCUGCGCGGGGCCCGGAGGGGCGAUGUAGGGGACAUGCCCUGACGGGACGACGAGCGGUCUGGGCGCCGCCUGCGAGGGCACAGCUGCGCCAGCGGAGCCACCCGCGGCGGGUCGGCCGCGCCCGGCGAGGCCCCCGAGCGCUGCCGCUAUGGCUGGGGCCGGGCUCUGGACGAGCAUCAAGUCCCUGCUAGGGAGAAGCGAGGACCCUCUGUUCCUGAACGACUCCAGUGCCUUUGACUUCUCGGACGAGGUGGGGGACGAGGACUUCCCCAGGUUUAACAAGCUGCGCGUGGUGGUGGCGGACGACGGCUCGGAGGCGGCCCCGGAGACUCCGGUGAACGGGGCGUCCCCGGGGCUGCCGUCUGACGACGAGUCCCUGCUGGACCGGGACAUCGCCCUGCGCAGCGCCCGGGCCGGCCGGCCGGACCCCUGCAGCGGCUGCAGCAGCCGGCGGGAGCGCUCCAAGCAGAGGAAGGUGAAGAAGCGGCUGACGCUCGCUGCCCUCCUAUACCUCCUGUUCAUGACGGGGGAGCUCAUAGGUGGCUAUGUUGCUAACAGUCUUGCAAUUAUGACAGAUGCACUUCACAUGCUAACUGACCUUAGUGGAAUUAUUUUGACCCUCCUCGCUCUCUGGCUGUCUGCAAAAUCUCCGACAAAGAGGUUCACUUUUGGAUUUCAUCGCUUAGAAGUACUGUCAGCCAUCAUUAGUGUACUGCUGGUCUAUAUCCUUAUGGCAUUCCUCUUGUAUGAGGCUGUUCAGAGAACCAUCCAUAUGGACUAUGAAAUAAAUGGUGAUAUCAUGCUCAUCACAGCAGCCGUUGGUGUUGCAGUUAACUUAAUAAUGGGAUUUUUGCUGAAUCAAUCUGGCCACCUUCACUCCCACUCCCAUUCCCACUCCCACGUUCCUCAGGCAAACUCUCCAAGCUCAGGCCAGGGCAGCAGCCAUGGACACAGCAGCAGCCUGGCCGUGAGAGCAGCGUUUGUCCAUGCCCUGGGGGACCUGGUACAGAGCAUUGGGGUGCUCGUGGCUGCCUACAUCAUCCGCUUUAAGCCAGAAUACAAGAUUGCUGAUCCUAUAUGUACAUAUGUAUUUUCCAUACUGGUGGUUUUUACAACAAUUCGGAUUCUGUGUGACACAGGAGUUAUUAUUCUGGAAGGAGUUCCAAGGCACUUAAAUGUGGAUCGCAUCAAGGAAGACUUGAUGAAAAUUGAAGAUGUUUAUUCUAUAGAAGAUUUAAAUGUUUGGUCUCUCACUGCAGGAAAAACAACUGCCAUAGUCCACUUGCAACUAGUUCCUGGUAGUUCAUCUAAAUGGGAAGACGUUCAGUCCAAGGCCCGACAACUGCUGCUGAACACGUUUGGAAUGUACAAGUGCUCUGUCCAGCUUCAGAGUUACAAACAGGAAAUGAGCAAAACCUGCGCAAGUUGUCAGAGUUCCAGUGCCUAAUCUCAUGUUUUGGGAACUGCUGCCUUAUUCUUUACUUUGUGUAGUCAAAGACUGAGAGCAAUAAAUGCAAAAUGAAAAUUAUCCAAUAGUAACCAUUGAUAUGUGGAUUUGUACCAUGGGACGUGCAGCAAGGAGAACUGGUGCUGCAAAAAGUGCAGUGGUUGCCCUACAGAACAUGUAUUUCACUCUCUCCGUCGUACUGGUUUAUUCAAUUUAUUAUGAUUUUGAGACAAAGCCGUUUUUGGAUUAUUGUUUACAAACUGGAACGUGGCUCUGCAGAUACCUCACAAAUUACAGUCCAAUAUUGUCCUUCAAUCAUUACAUACCACAGAGUACCUGCACUCCAAACGGAGCAUCAGAUGUUCAGUAUUUCAGUCAAAAGUCUCUCAAGCUGGUCGUACCAGGGUUGCACAAUAUUUCAUGAUCCCCAAAUUCAUUUUUCAGUAUUUUUGCAAUAGUAAUUUUCAUACAGUAUCUCAAACUAUUAACACAUACACUAAGUUGAAUUCUUGUGGAAACACUCUUCUUUGGAGACACUGCAAAACAUAUAAUUUACUGUACCCAAACCAGAAAGUUAGCUUUAAUCUGGGCAUUCAGAGAUCCAGACAGGAAGAUCCUUGCCCAGACUUCUGGUAUUUAACUAGAGACCCAACACUGGACCCAAAGUGUUUUAAGUGAUCAGUUAUCUUUAAUGUAUUUUAGAAUAGGAUUUAUACAUUAGA